CUGACUUCUAUCUUUUUCCGAAAUUGAAGGAGUACCUCAAAGGAAAACGUUAUGCAGAUGGCGAUGAAGCUCAAGAAGAUGUGCGUCGCUGGUUCAGAGGAAAACCACACGAAUUUUGAAUUUUUCGCCGACGGCAUGCGACAACUUAUUCGACGUUGGUGGAUCUGCAGGGACAAAGAAGGCGACUAUGUUGAAAGAGACACGAGAAGUCUUCGCUAACCCCAAGAAAAUCCCCACCCUCAGGAGAAGCCCGGCCAUCAUAGUAUGGCCCAGUAAGCCUGAAAACGAGCCAGAAGUGAAGACGGAGAUAAUGACCGAAGUGAAACCAAAGAGGAAACCGAGGAUUCCCAAAGAAGACGUUUCCGGAAAGUUGCCGAAGAUUCCCGAAGUGGAAAAACAAAACGCGCUGCGGGAUUCUGUUGUUGAAGAUAAUGUUGAAGAUGACGAUCGAGAAGGUGAUAAUGAUGGUUAUGCUGCUGCUGCUAUUGCUGCCGAUGACGAUGAGGACGAACUGGUUGUAUUACCAAAGAGGACAUGGAAACCCAGGAGGGAUCAUGAUUUUUGGAAGUUCGCAAUCGGGAACAUGAGGAUUGAUUCUCUGUUCCUCGCAUCGCCAAG